UGCCUCUCUGUAUGGCGUCUUAUGGCAGCGGGGACACCUUUUAUAAAAGACUGCGAGCCAGUACUCCGUUCAUUACACACUCAAUAACCUGGUCAAAAUGAGAAUACAUUCACAUUGGAGUAUUUGGGCGUUGGUGCUUUUUACCCAAGGACAUGCUUGGAGAUCAGAUUACGAAGACUGCGCAUUGCCAUUAAAACAUUUCAAAUAUAUUUCACAAUCAUAUGGUGAAAAAUGCAUAACAUACACCAACGUUUCUGAUGCGUUUCACGAAGCAUGUAGAGGAGUUUUGGGUAUCGAGCCUGGAACAAAUGAUUUGACAGAUCUCCAAAUGGAUAACUUCGGAGAGGUUUUACAAGAAACGACACGAAUUAUUUGUGAAUGGUUCGGACUCACUAAAGAUCAAGUACGAGGUUUGUUGCCUCUAAUAAACACAAUGAACACGGAUAUAAGUUUAUACUGUCCUAAAGAACUGAAAUCUUACCCCGGAAACGACUGUGGUAAUGGAAUCAAUUUCCGAACUAUUGAGGGUAGAUGUAAUAACUUUGUUCAUCCACUAUGGGGAGCUGCUAAAUUACCAUUUAAACGUUUUUUGCCGUCUGAUUAUGGCGACGGUAUUAACACAUUUCGAACAAGCAUUACUGGAUUUCCAUUACCUAAUCCUAGAUCUGUAUCCGCUCGAGUACACAAAGACUUAGCCAAACCACAUAGAACUGAUAUUGCGUUUAUGUUUGCUGCCUGGGGACAACUCAUCGACCACGAUCUAACAUUGACAGCUGAAACAAAAGAUCCUAUCACUAGACAAGAAAUUAAAUGCUGUUCAGGAGCUCCACAUCCUAGUUGCAUACCCAUCAACGUACCGGCAGAUGACCAAUUUUUCAUUGGAAGCCAUCGUCAACGAUGCAUUGAUAUGAUCAGAUCAUUAUCUGGAGUUAAUACAGAUUGUACAUUAGGACCAAGAGUGCAAAUAAACUCACUAACAUCGCCAAUUGACGCUAACUUUGUUUAUGGUUCCAACGAAAAUCUAGCCAAAAAACUUAGAUCAUUUGAAGGUGGUAAACUAACAACUGUCCCCAUCUUGGCGGGACUCAAACUAAAACAUAUUUUACCUCCGAAAAAACAUCAGCCGGACGAUGGUUGUAUUAGACCACAUCCUGAUCUCUAUUGUUUCCUUGCAGGCGACAACCGAGUAAACGAACAAUUAGCUUUGGGUGUACUACACACGAUAUUUGUCCGAGAACAUAAUCGCAUUGCCGAUGAAUUAUGUGAAGUGAAUCCACACUGGGACGACGAACGGUUGUACCAGGAAACACGAAAAAUCGUUGGUGCAAUUGUACAACAUAUAACAUACAAUGAGUUCUUACCGAAACUAUUGGGUAAAUACACCGUCAAGAAGUAUGGUUUGGAAAUAGCGCCCCAAGGUUUUUCGAACAAUUAUGAUCCAGACACAGAUAUAACUAUACCAGCUGCAUUUGGCGCAGCAGCGUUUCGUUUCGGUCACUCUUUAUUACCAGAUGCAAUGGAACGAUGGAGCGUGGAUCACAAGUUCUUGGGGUCAAGACGGUUUAGCGAAAUGUUUCAGCAACCGUAUGAUCUCCACAAACCCGGCUGGUUAGAUCAGUACCUAUUGGGUAUGAUUAAUCAACCAUCUCAGGCAAUGGACGACUCUGUAACUUCGCAAGUAACAAAUCACUUGUUUCAAGAACCGGCUACUGACUAUGGUAAAGAUUUGGCUUCAAUUAAUAUUCAGCGAGGUAGAGAACACGGCAUACCUGGAUAUUCAGCUUGGCGACAAUAUUGCAAACUACCAUCCGUUAAGACGUGGAGCUCAAUGUUGACGGAUAUCAGUAAUGCUACUGUUAAAGCUUACUAUGACCUUUAUACGUCCCCUGAAGAUGUUGACUUAUGGUCAGCAGGAGUUUCGGAGCGAGCUAUCGAUGACAGCAUUAUAGGUCCAACGCUUAGCUGCAUUAUUGCUAAAACGUUCAGUGAUUUAAAAAAAGGAGAUCGAUUCUGGUAUGAAAAUCCUGGACUACCAAAUUCCUUCACAUUAGAACAAUUAACUGAAAUUAAAAAAGUGAAAUUAUCCCGAGUAUUAUGUGACAAUAGUGAUAGCUUGACAACCAUUCAACCGUUCGCUUUAGAAUUACCUUCACAUCAUAAGAAUAAUAGAGUGACGUGCAAAGGACAUUUACUGCCUCAAAUGGACUUAUGGGCUUGGAAAGAGUAUACAGGAUGCUGUAGUAAGAAGAAGGCACCAAAUCUUCACAUUCCUUCCACGCAAGUCCACAAAGUUCAAGUAAACGAAUGGAAUAAAGAAGAUGACAAUUUACAAAAAUUUAUUCAAGCAAUAGCCGUGAACAUAUCAUCAUCGAAACCAGAUGCAUGGAAAUAAUUAUAGCCUAAUAAUUAGUAUUAGUAUUAUUUAUCAUUAUUUAUUUAUUAUAUAAGCUUGUUGCUACUAUUAAAUAUUUUUUUAUUUAUAUAUAUAUUUAUUAUUUAAA